AGUUGCUUUCUAAUUGUGUGUUACGUUCUCAUAACAAAUCAGUGAAGGCUCCUCAUUACAAGCUUUCAUUUGAGAUCGAACCCAGGGAUAACCAGGCACUUGGAGGUAAUAAUGAGUUUGAAGGGGGCAUAAGUAAUAAAUCACCCACAUUACUUUCCGUGAACAGAUGAAAGGACUGAAAUACCUUAAGGGGUUGUAGAAGACAGGCUGUGCACAGCUGUAACAUUCUGUCUGGCUGCAGCAUCAAUGUUUUUGUAACUCCAACCAGAAAACUGGAGCACAGCUUUUGCAAGUGGGGAAAUAAAUGUUUGCAGCAUCAGAGCAAGGGGAUCCACAAGUCGGGCUCUCUAUUCUGCCUCCUUGCCAGAUUUUAUAUAGCAUGUUACAGUACCUGAAAUCAGCCAUGGAGCAAAGUUAUGGGGAAAAGGGACAAAAAGAAGGAGAACCUGGUAAUAAAUCACAUUUCCUUCAGAUAGACAAGCUAAAAAUGACUGUGCUGUAAUGAAAGACUAUCUUGAAUCUAGAAUGAAUGUUCUUGAUUGAUAGGUAAGUUGGUGUAAAUUAGUAAGAGCUGGUGGAUCAGCCCAGAAGAAAUUAGUUUGGGGAAAGACAUGUCUCCUGGUGCUGGAAUCAGAAGUCUGUGACUUGGUUACUUAAAACUGCAAGGAUUUGGAAAGGAGUGCACACCAAGAAGCUCUGCCACACCACCAAUGCUCUCCAGGUCAGCAGGCACCAACUGUGCAUGCAGGGUCAGGCACAGAUCAUGGACAGCAUGCUUCAAAUGGACAGGGCUUGUCCAUUUACCCUCUAGUAUGGGAAAAAGUGCUUCCUAAAGCAUCACCAUAGUAAGGCUCCAACCCCUGCCCUCAUCCACACUUCAUGCCGAUGAGGUGCUGCUCUCUAAGGCUGUGUCCUGUGUAGAGAAGAAGCUGUUUAUGAAUGUCCAAAGUGGUAAGACUUCCUCUGCUGGAAAGUAUCACAAUACAUAGACUGUGUUUUACCUUUUCAGACACCACUUUUAUUUAAUCCCUUUAUUUUUCUGAACAAAUCCUCUUUUUGCUUCAUGAUGAUGCCAUCUAAGUAGAUAGAGGGACAUGGGGUGGGAUUAAUUUCACCUAACAUUCAUCAUCUGGAAGGUGGAUAUUUAGUUAAGGUUUAUCAUCUCCUAUAGGACCCCUUUUCAUCAGGGUAAGAGAGAGCACCUCUAGGGUGCAGGUCAACCUGUGGCAGCUCAGAGAUACUUCAUGAUGAGGUGAAUUGCCUGCCAGAGCCACGGCUACCUCAGGCAUCUAACUUUGGCAUAGUGAGGUUACUCACUGCUUUGGGAAGCUGUCAGAAACCAUUGCUAAGAUGGCUCUAAAUCCUCUUUUCCCCCUUUUUAUUGCUGGUUGUGAAAUGGAUACCCUUUCUUGAGUCAGCAUCCAUGACAUCAACUACAUCCUCUCUUUGGCAAGAUCCUAUUUUAAGCUUUUCAUCAGAGGCCUUGGCUAUUUGUGUCAUUGUCAAAACUCUUCAGAAGGUCCGGUGACAUUGAUAGUAGGUCUCUCAGAAGCCAGAGGUUCUGCAGCAACAUAAAUAGGAUCAGCAGCACUAAGUGCAGGUGAAAGAGAAGCCAGCUGCACAUCCUUUCUGUCUCCCUUGGCAACAGCAUCCUGCCAACAAAAACUGCUGCCAAGCAAAGGCUGCAAAGGAAGGGAUGUACAUUUGCAAAGCUGGGGCUGGACAAGCUUUGUGUGAAGGGGAAGCUGUCAGAGUGGGAAAGACCUGUGUGCUUUUAACAUUAUUUUCGAUUUGUUCUGUGUGGUUUUGGACAAGGGAAUGCACAGGGCGCCUGUCCUUGUGAGCAGUUUUCAUGUGAAAUUCCAAAUGACAAUCUGCAAUUUUGAGCCAUAUGUUUCCAUCCAUGACAACACACAGGGAAGAAGUCUGUGCUGAGUUACUGCUUACAGAUGUGGCAAAUCCUCCAGCAAAGGUUAAAAUACAUGGCACGGCUCUCCUGUUACACCAGCUGCAGCUUCAUGCUCAAUCAUUGUUUCAGCAGCAAGCUCUUAAUAACCCUGAGUUCCAGAAACUGCUAAACAAGCUGAUAUUUGUAAAGAGAAUUUUUUCUAUAAUGCACUGAGUAUCUUUAUUUAGAGGAACCUUCAGACUGGCAGCCUUAGGGAUGAAAAGUGAACUGCAAAUGGCAGGGAGAAAAGGAAUGUCAGCACAAGAGCACAGAAAUGCAAAGCAGAUCUGAGAUUAAUGUUUGUACUCCAUCACUGCACAUCCUCCAUGAAAUAAUUGUGGUUGUGAAAAUACUCUGUGUAAAUAGGGGAAAAAUACACUUGUGAUAUGGUAUACACACCUGCCCAGACUUCCUCGUAGGGACUGUAUGCUCCUAAAGUCACCGCUGGGGUCACACUCUGAGGUCCUGUUGCUGUUGGCGCUGCCAAACCUCAAACCCGUUGUCGUGGUGUCACUCCUUUGUGAACCCAUAUGAUAAGAGAGAAGGGAGAACUGGCUUUGCUCAGUAGCAAAAUAUUAGGGACAAAUUCUGUGAGGUCCCAUGUAACAAAUUGCUUGGGCUGUUUGAGUGUGAUGGGGACUUUGAAUCAAAGACUGAGGAGCAGGGAUUACUGGGGGAUUUCCAGCAGCCCCCAACUUGUUGCACUCAGCAUUUGCCCAUGCCUUCUCAGGAAUUUGGAUGAACAGGGCACAUUUCUGUGUUCUUUGGGCUGUGUGUAAUUCCAGACAGUCAGCUGUGCCAGAGCAGAAGGUGGGCAGGAUUAUGACUUUAAGAAUCACAGGAUUUGUGGACUUAUUUGAUAGGUACAAAGUAGAAACUACCCAUUCAUCACUGAGGAAUGGAAAUAUCAUAAAAUAUAGAACAUGUAUUUUGAUGGCAAAGAAGGAGAGAAGAGGAUCCCUAUUUCAUUCCACGUAUUUUCCUCUGACAGGAUUAUUAAUACCAUUAGGGAGAAUUGAACGGAGUGGAAAAUCUGGUGGGGGUGCAGAAGCAGGAGGUGGAUCUGUAAAUCCAUCCAGACACAAAAAGCUCACUGCUGCACUGGAGGGAGGGCACUCUGCCUCGAAAGAGGGAAGGAGCAGUCUCACAAGGACGUGCAGCUGGGGUGCUUGUUGCUGUUUUGUUCCCAGAGAACGAGAACUGCCAGCAAUCCUCUGGCGUCUGAAUAGACCCGUGUCAGACAAACUGUAUCUGGACUUGAUGGGGAACCAAGCUGGAAUACCAAGCAGCCCUUCGAUCUGCUUGCAGAGAGAGGGGGACUGGCUCCGUAAGUGAUCUUUGCAGUUCCAAAGGUACUCAUAAAGGAGCGAGCUCUAUCGCUGCACAGCCCUGCAAGACACGCCUGCCUGGGCUGUCUCUGUCCUCAUUCCUCCAAACCAGUUCCAACAAUAACAGCAACUCCUGCCUGCAGCUGCCUCGUUAGGGAGAAGAUGUAUUUUUCCUUUCUCUACUGAGCGAUGAAGCUUCCAAAUCUGUGUGAUGUGAGAAGGUGAGGAUGUCUGCUGACAAGUCCAAAUGAUAUUUUCAGGUGUUCUACUGAUCUUGGCACUGACGGAAGAGCUGGUGUUUUCUGUUCAGGUACUGUCUCCUGCUGUAUCCUCCUCUCAGGGCCUCCUGAUGGACACUACCACUGUCACAGCCAUGGGAACAACGCCUCGCCACAAGGACCGCCACACGGCAGAGCCCGUCCCCACCUCCGCUCGCGCCGUCCCCCAUCCUGUCAGCCUGGCAGGGAGCGAUGCUUCCACUGCUCAAACGCAGGCGAGCAGCCCUCGUGUUGGCGAAAAGGAAACGUAUCAUUUGUAUAACCAGAGUGCUUUGUACUCAGGACAGACUCGCCCCAAAGGGAAAAUAUUCCAGAUUUUCAAAGGCAACUUCACAGAGUCUUCAGAACCUUACCUAAAGACAACCCUGCACUCUCCCUUCCCUACCCUGAGGAGCCCUUUCACAGACCAUCCCUUUCAGUCCCAGACCACAACCUCCAGUGACCCCAAUGGCACAGAGUUGGCCAGAACUACGCCCUCAGACCUUUCUCCCCACCCUGACACCUCGGGAAGCCUUAGGGAAGCAGAGCAAGGGAACGGGGCCGAGCGAGUUGUGCAGAAAGCAGAGUUUGCCACCACAACUGCUGGACCGCCAACUGAUCCCGAAGCAGUGUCGGUGCCUUUUAAACCCACUCACUAUGGUGUAUGGGAUAUGCUGAGCAAAAACAACUCUUGGGUAACCUUGAAUCUCAGUACAAAUGUCCCCUUGUUUUCUGGCCCUGGAACUGCACCAGCAGCAGCCGGUCACUCAGUCCAGCCCAGCUUUGAUGUCAACAUCUCCUCCCUGGCAGUGGAGGACCUCGAGAGCACUGCUCCAACACAGCAGGGCCUGGUGACGAACACGACCUCACUGGGCAGCACUGUCUCCACCAUGCCUGCCACGGGGUCGUCCAGCUCCGUGUCCACUGCUGGUUCCACUGCGACUGGAAACUUCCUCAACAGGCUGGUUCCUGCCGGGACCUGGAAACCUGGGGUGCAGGGAAAUAUCUCCCAUGUCACUGAGGGAGACAAGCCCCAGCACAGAGCUACCAUCUGUCUCAGCAAGAUGGACAUUGCCUGGAUCAUUCUGGCCAUCAGCGUACCGAUAUCCUCAUGUUCAGUUCUGCUGACAGUCUGCUGCAUGAGGAGAAAGAAAAAGACAUCCAACCCAGAAAACAAUCUGAGCUAUUGGAAUAAUGCUAUUACCAUGGACUACUUCAACAGGCAUGCUGUGGAGUUACCGAGAGAGAUCCAGUCCCUGGAAACAUCAGAGGACCACCUCUCUGAGCCACGCUCCCCUGCCAACGGCGACUACCGCGACAGCGGGAUGGUGCUCGUGAACCCCUUCUGUCAGGAAACGCUGUUUGUGGGCCACGAGCAAGUCUCUGAGAUAUGAGCCCACGGCCGCCCUCCUCCUGCAGUUUCAUCUCUACUGUCUCCAAAUUAUAAAUAAAUAUAUAUAUUAUAAAUAUAACCUUUGUGUAACCCUGAAUUACAAGAAAUGUUUUCAGCUUUUCUUUUCUUUUUCCCUCAGAAUUGUCAACCCCUUUUUUAUAAGUGUGGUAAAACUUUACAGAACAAACUGUGGCUUUAUAAAAUAAAGGUAUUUCUAAGCAAAACACCUGUCGGAUUG